AUGAACGCCGGCCUCCCGACACUUCAGCCGAUCCGGAAUGGCUUCACCCAGACAACCCCGGGCCAAUCCUUCCAUGUCACCAGGCCAUCGGCCGCAUCCUCUCCGGUCGAAAUCCACUUCGAUGCACUCGAUCGGUUCGAAUGGAACGACCGCUUUCAGCAAGUUCUAACUUCACUGGCCCGAACCGGCCUGCCUCCUCCUCAAUCGUCUCUCAGCUGGUCAACACUCCUCCAGGCCAUGCUCUUCUGUCUCAAAGGAACUGUCCAAAACUACCUCAAGCUGGGCGAGGCCUCACUGUUUGAUACCCGAGAAGAACCGGCUGGAGGAUGGCUUUGGACGUCAGAGGAUCUGCAAAAGAAUAUCGAUAGGAUCUCUCUAGCCUUGAAAGAUUUUUCCGAUGCCAGAGAUCGUAUAUUAGAAGAAAGGAGCAAAACAGAAGAUCAAAGCAUGUCGGAUCCAACCCAGUGCUCUGAAGCGAUUCGUACCAUUCAAUCUGCACCAUUUACGAUCCAGCGACUGGCCGAACUGAUGUUCCACGACUCAAGCGUAUCAUCAUCCAAUUCAACUGGAAUUCAUCCGCAUUACACAACCCUACCCAAAUAUCUCAGAGCCAUCCAGCGCGUGCUCUCAGUCAGUUCACCCGUCAAAUCCUUCUCAGUUAAUACAUUCAUAAUGACCGAGCCAAAUCAAUUCAUUGGCCCAUCAAACAACCAAUCAAAUCCAUCCACGCUCAUCAAUGGUGACAGUCUCUCCUCAUCUAUCAUCCAUACCCCUCGACCUCGUCGCCAUUCUACAUCCACACCGAUCACCCCAAUCCUCUCGCCCGUCCCCUGGCUCAUAAAUUCAGACAACCGCCAAUCCUUAUCCCCCGAGCUCGCGUCUUCCGAUGGCCGCCGAUCACGACACACCUCGCCCCUCUUGCUCUCCUCUGAAACCGAUGAACGUCCGAUCACCCCGCCCUUGACCAGCCUCUCCUCACCUACCGUCCCACUUCCCACCACUCCCUCGCAUAACCCACUCACAGCAACACUCAUCAGCCCAACUCGGACAGCUAACUUUCCAUCUGCCGUCCCUUCCUUAACUCAGCAACUCGUCUGCUCACCCCCGCUUCAACCUGCACAGCUUCAUCCUGAAAUCACCCCUCCUACAAGUCAGUCAAUUGAAGCUUCUGCUCAAGCGGAAAAUUCUGAGACUUUGGAAAACACGAUUAAGGAAGCUUUGAGCCAACCUUCUGAUGAUCCUCCAAAGACUGACCAAUCAGAAGACGUGAUCAUGCAAGAUGCUUGA